AUGAAGCGCAAAACCCGGUUUGUCUGCGUCUCCGACACGCACGGCUAUACUCCGUCUGAGGCAGGAUUCCGACUCCCGGCCGGCGACGUGCUCAUCCACGCUGGCGAUCUCACGAACCAGGGCAGCGAGUCUGAGCUCCGCAAGACGAUCAACUGGAUUGCACAAGCCGAUUUCGAAGCCAAAAUCGUGGUGGCAGGGAACCACGACGUGACGCUCGACCCGCCGUUCUAUGCUGCUCACGGGUCUGGAUUCCAGUACCAACGCCCCCAGGACCCGCGGGAAUGUCUCCAAAUUGUCACCAAGACAAACCCGAGCGUGGUCUAUUUGAACCACCAGGCGGUGGUGGUGCGGUUGACGCGCGAGAGCGGUCCCAGAACCAUAUUCAAAGUGUUUGGAUCGCCCUUCUCUCCAUCCAGCGGAACAUGGGCGUUCGGGUAUCAGGAUUCCCAGGCCCGGGAGCUCUGGCGUCAGAUCCCUCACGACACGGACGUGCUUGUGACGCAUACCCCGCCACACUCGCACUGUGACAGCGUCGCCGCGGGACAACCGCUGGGGUGUGCAGCACUCAGAGACGCACUGGAGACGGUGCGGCCAGUCUUGGCUGUCUGUGGACAUGUGCAUGGCGGAAGGGGGUACGAGAGGGUUGUCUGGUCGGAAAUACCGGGAAGGAAUUCUGACAUUCAAGUCACCAGGGGCCAACUGCCUCCUGUGGGCAGCAAGAAACAGAAUCUAGUUGACCUGACGGGCAAAAGGGCACCGCGGAUUGAGAACGAGGGCUGUGCAGGGAGGAUUGAUAUGUUGGAUUUCGAGACACAGAGUGAAACUCAUCGUCUGGAUACUGUCCGACGAGAGACGUGCAUCGUGAAUGCGUCAAUCAAGGCCACAAACCAUCAGAAAAGGAUCAAAUUCAAUCCCCCAAUAGUGGUUGAUAUAGAUCUUCCAGUAGACAGCUUGACAGAAUCAUCUAGACAGUGA